UCUAAAUGUUUUUUCACAGUUCCGUACACAUGAGUUUCAAAAUAAUGACGUACUAGUAGUUAGUAUAUAUACAACAUAUGGAUGACUAGUACCCACACCGUCGUAAAGUACUUACUUACAACUUCCCUGGCAGGCAUCGGAGUCAUUUUCAAGUUCGCCAUGGCUCUCAUCCCGCUGGAUACUGCUUUCCUUGUUUCAUCAGUGCUGGUAGGCAUUUUAUACGGCUUUUCGGUCUUUAUGUUCGUAGGUACCAUCUGGACAUUCACCUACAAACAUCGCACACGGGACGUCAAUCGCCCAAUGGCUGCGGUUGCCACCCUGUUAUUCUUACUAAGUACCGCGGACAUGGUCCUAGUUAUCAUUCAAGUAGAAGAUGGACUGGUGAAAUAUCGCGAUGCGUACCCAGGCGGGCCAGAAACAUUCUUCGCAAACUUUCGACAAGAAACGUUUAUAGCCAAGAAUGUGAUAUACACAUUGCAAACUCUUCUUGGCGACGGGGUGGUGAUUUAUCGAUGUUAUGCCCUUUGGCAAUCUGUCUGGGUUAUCAUCCUACCAUGCAUACUGUGGUGCGGUAUCGCAGCCUUUGGUAUUUGUUGGGUCUAUGCACCGAGGAGUAUCCCCCCAGGCCCACUCGAUCAGACUGUCUUCGCUAGCGACUUUGGGAUUUGGAUCACAGCAUUCCUUACCUUUACGCUCGCAACUUAUUUGUUCAGUUCAGGAUUAGUGGUAUAUCACAUUUGGACGGUCGAACGCAAGGUUUCUGCAGUUUAUGUUGCGAAACCCAAAAUGCCUAUAUUGCGGGUGCUUAUCGAUGCCGCUAGCUUGUACUCUGCGGCGCUCUGCCCCUUCAUCAUAAUAUACUAUGCCUACUCGUCUGCUGUGUUCUAUGUUAUGGGAGACAUGCUUAUUCCGAUCAUCUCAAUUGUCUUCUACACGGUGUUUAUUCGCAUCGCAAUCAAUAAACACACCCAGGAUGGAGAGACCAGUGAGACAGGACGAAUAACCACGUUACAAUUUUGUAUACAAUCUUUGCAGAGUAGAUCCGAGCAGAAUGAUUUGUCCUCCUGGCCAACAGCCCAGAAAUAGCGACAUAUACACCGCUAUUAUUAUCUAGCCUGGUAUGAAUCCCAUCUGUGCUGCAAUCCUCCC